AUGUGGCUUUGCCCUCCGGAAGCUCGCGCGCCCGGCAAGCCACAUUUCGACCACUCGCCACCUGCCGCUCCGGGCCCGCUGCCUCCCGGCCAGUGGCGCAGUCGAGGUAUAGAGUUAGAGACAAGGUUGACCAAAGACUGGCCAGCAAACAACCACUCCAUGUCGCAGGAUGGAGAUAAGGGCGAGCGCAGUGGUGGGUCUGACAGCCGGUCCGACAGCCCUGCAUUGACUGCUAGGUGGAGCGCUGAUCCUGCGUCCAGUCCAGCUGUUCCAGAGCCUAGAAUGGCCUUGUUGGUCCUGGGAAGCGUCUCGCCGACAUGGACACUGUCGGGAGACAGGCUGAAUUUCCCAUCUGCAGCAUCGACCGAUCCUUUCGCCCCCAAGCCUCAACUUCCGUCGCUCGCCGCUCUCUUCUUUCCCUCCCAAAAGAACCUUGCGGAAAUGUCUGUAGCGGCUUCGCGAAGCCACGCGCCGUCCCAUACAGAGUCGAGACUUGCGCCGCCGUCUGAACAUGGCUCACACCGCUCCCACCACUCCGCGCAUUCCCGCCAUUCGGAGCACUCUCACGCCACCAUUCGACGUCCGAGGUCUGAUGCGAGUGUGAGAGAGAGUGAGCACGCCGGCUACAGAGAGGUUCUGAUCGAAAAAGCAACGUCCGAAGCCUCCUUCGCGCACCGUAGCGUCGCGCCUGCCGACAGUGUCUCGCAAGUCAGUUCAAAGGCGUCACGGCGGGAAGAGUACCUUCCUGCGUCCAGAUCCACGGUAUCGCACUCCGCCCCAAGCGUGCAUCCGGACGACAGCAUUUCGCAAGUCGGCGCUCGACCUUCACCGAGCCAUGCUGGGUCAAGGCAUACCUCGCGUGCUUCUGAGGCUGCGGCCUCCCAUCAUUCGCAGCAUAGCCGAGCGCAUUCCCAUGCAGGAUCAGCAAGGCUCACGGAAGCCAAUCUCCACGCUCACGAUGAGCAGCCGCGAAUAGUGGUUAUGGAGGAAUUUUCGGAAUCGGCACGUCGCUCCGAGCACGGUUCUCGGGCCGGCACGGAGCGUUCGAGUCGAGGCAGAGUACUAGACAUCGAAGUGGUUUCUGGUUCGCAUGCUGGUAGCCACAGGUCUCGCUCUGCGACGCCUUCGUCCAAGACCUCGACCGCGAAGCCCUUGGGCGGCAGUACUGCGGGUUCGAAGGCCAGGUCCAAAGUGUUCUUAGUCGAGGAGAAAGAAGUGUCCGAAUCGCGAACGACGAUUGAGAGUGCAUCAGUUGCACGUUCGACGGCUCAUUCUGCUGUGCUAUCGAGGUCUGGUUCCAAGGUCGGGUCGGCAGUGUCGGGCAAUUCGAGCCGUCACUCUGACCUCCAAGAAAUCGACCAUUUGAGUGUACACUCAAGUCACCACUCCAGCCAUCAUUCGAGUCAUCAUGACCUGAUACCGACUACACCACACAAACACGACGCGGCAAAGUCCUUCACCAAGGAGCUCAUUCGACCCCACUCUCCAGCUUCACAUGUCAAAGCGAAGAUCCGGUCCGCCACGACACAACGUGAUUGA